AUUAAGUAAUAAUGUUUCUUGGAUCACAACCAUCAAUGCUUCUCACUACAUAACCUAACACGCAAUAAGCACCAUCAAUCUUUGGUUAGCGUAAUACCCUAAUUCUAAUCUAGCUCAAACAUUACCAACUAUGCAAACACAAUUACAGCCUCAACCCCAACCAUUAUAACCUUUAGCAACGCAACAGUUGUAGCCAUAAUUGACUACCGCUGCCAAUGUUUAACCUCCAAUUCAAGCACAGAAGAAAGGCGAAUUCGAGAACCUUGUUAAGUAUUACAAGGAAAAGCCAGAAUUGGUAAUUAUGCUUGCCCAAUAUUCAUAGACAAAAUAGUAGGAAUUGUAAUUAUUCGUAUUGCAGACCAAGUAUUUGAAAAAUAGAAUUUAGAAAAAAUUUCAAAAGCAAAUUAAUGUCAAACAAACUCAAUGUAAUGUUUUAAAUACUUAACUUAGAUUUAUUGGUUGACACUCUCAGUUAGAAGGUGUGUUAAUUAUUUUAAAAAUUUAACUUAAAUGAGCGUAACUUAGAAUACACAAAGAAAGAUGAAUUGCAGAGAUUGAGUUAAAGAAUCAAAGCUGAUUAAGAGAAACAAAACUUGCUGUUUUAAUCUCAAAUCAAAGUCAAGGAGUUGUAUUCACAACCAAUUUCGAACUAUUUGGAACUCAAUAACAAGUUUCAAAUGAACAAAAAUGUAAACAUCGCAACCCAUUAUUUAUAGAUGAUAAAUACUAUGCAGAAAAAAGAAGUGCUUACGCUGAGUAGAUAGACUAAGGAAUUAAUGAACCUAUUACACGAGAACAGGGCCGAAUAAGUCUAACCCAAGUCUGUUUCCAUUAAAUCGAUUUCGUUUAACACACACAAUCAACUAAUCAUUGAAAAAUUGUUUAAGGAAUAAGAAUUUUAUGAAAAAUUGGAGCAAUUCUUAGAAUUCUAAAAAAAGAUCAAAGCAAAAAAGAAUAUAGAUAAAACAGAUUAUUAUGAGACUCUUUUUUCUUGUUUUGUGAACAUCCAGAGUGAUCAUAAAGACAUAAUGAAAUUGUUAUCUCUUUAAUUUCAAGGCAUCUAAUUUCAAUCUCAGAAUAUCCAAAAAGAUCUUCUCAAGAACUCAAUCAAAAUUUUAGAAGCAGAAAUGAGCAGAAGAAUUGGAGUCCUAGAUAUAGCCAAUAUUAAUUGUAAUCCACAUUAAAUAUAGUAUUAUUAGAAAAAUUCAAAGAUAUUUACUAUGAUAUCCUAUCAAAACGUCUGAACAUUCAAAGUGUUAGCACAUAUUAUCCAAGUGGAAUCUUAUUCUUACUAAUGAGAUGUGGAUAAAUACAAUAAGCAAAGUCAAUCAUGUUUUAAUUUGCCAAACAUCAAAAAUAUUAAUUAUUUUUUGAACUCUUGGAAGAUAGGACGUAAGUGUUUUAAACUAUGUAGUGAAACAAAUCAAUAAAAAAUCUAAAAGCUUGAUUAAUUUUGCGAUGAUGAACUAUUCGAAUAAUGCUAUUUGAUUGCCUUCGAUUCAGGAUCUGUGUCCUAAGUCUUUGAAAAUCAACAUUUCCCUUAAGAUUAGGAUCUAUUCUUUUGGAUGACUCUAAAAACAACUCACAUUACAAAUUAGAAUGGAAGUGACAACUGGACAUUAUCCGAUUUGUAAGAAGCAAUACCAAGGGACAUUGGCUUCAAAAUGGAUAUACACUUGUAAAGGUAUGAGGAAAUCUUAAAGUUCAUUUAUAAAACAUCUGCUUCCUUGGUUUCUAAACUAGAAUAUUUCACACUAUUCUUUAUAGUGCAAUCCCUCCUAGAAAUACAAGAUGAAAGUACAAUGGUAGAAAUGAACUUGAUUUUGAAUGGAAUUCUCGGAUAAGUAUUUGAAAAAUACCCAGAUAUUGGAGGGUUAUUAAUAAUACUUACUGAACCUGAUCUUUAGUAAGCUAUCAAUAAAAUUCAGGCAGAGAUGAUGAAAUAUAAAUAUGGAGUUGAAUUAUUUUAGGACAAGAAAUUCUUUGAAAAUUUUGAAAAUAUGUUCGGAGAAAAUCAAAAGACACAAGAUUUCAUCGAAUCAAUAGUACAAGAACAAUUCUAACAAAAUCUCCUUGAAUAUCAUAAGGAUUUUAUAGAGAAUAUAGUAAAAGGCAAUAAUAUUGUAAAUUUAUACACUUAAUUAGAACGAAUUGCUGGCAACUCACAAGGCUUUCAUUGGCAAUAUUGAUAUGAGGAUGGAAGAACUCAAAAGUUACUUGGAAUUCAGAAAAACAAGCUUCACACAUCUUGCAAUGAAUUUAUACUAAAUUUCGGGAAUACUAUUAUUGACAACUGAGUGCUAGUUCAAUUUGAAAGCUCAAGAAUUAAAAAUAAUUUCUGGCGCUACUUCUAAAUAUCUUGUGAAAAAUAACAACAACCCUAAAUAAUACUAUAAUCUAUUCUCAACCAUAUACUAAAUUGCAGUAUCCUACCCUAGAUAAAAGCACAUUUUUGAUUUAAUAUAAGCUUUCAACUUUUUGAUUCAAUCAAGUAAAAUUGAGUAAUUCAAUGAAAACAAAUUCAAAUAGUAUUUGGUCUAAAUAGACAUAUCAAAAUUAACCAAUAUUUUAAUGGCUAAUAAAUAGAUGUAUCUGUUAAAACUAUUCUUUUGGAUGAUAGAGAUUACUCUUGAAAUUCAUGAUAAAAAAAUAGAAGAAUAUAAGUAUACAUAUAUAUGCAUAACAAUAGAAAUAUGAAAGAGUCAUUUUAAAGAAUGAUAAAUAAUAAAACAUAUCAAAAUGUUGUACUUAAUUCCUUGUUUUUAAUAAACAGAGAAGUCGAUUUGCAUUUUUAAGAUUUUAAGUUAAUGCCUAAAUGA